AUUCUUUAUAAUUUACAAUGGGAAAUACUGCUUAGUUAAAACAAACCUCUUAAAAAAGGAAUGAUUUUAAAUUUUUAAGCAAAUAUAACUGCUAAAGCAUCCAUCUAAUAGACUAGCUAAAUCUUAAUUUUAAGAGGAAUAAAAUAAAUAAUGAAGGGCUAAUGAGCUUGGGAGCUGAAAUAUCAAAAUGUGCAAACUUAACUAAGUUAAGUAUAGAUAUUAGCUUUAAUAAAAUUAACUCUGAAGGAAUUUAAUAACUAUUGUAAGGAAUGACUCAAUGUCUUUUGCUUACAUAUUUAACUCUUGAUUUUUGCUACAAUUUCAUUUAAUAGCAUGGAGCUUAAGAAGUUAUGAGAGAAAUCCCAAAAUUUUAAAAACUUCAAUAUUUAAAUAUCAAUCUUAGCCAAAAUUAAAUUGGUGAUUAAGGUUUGUUGUCAAUUGCAUAAUAUUUAUCUUAGUUGUAAAGUCUAACAACACUUAUUCUUAAUUUAAAUAUAAAUAACUUCAUAUAAGAUGAAGGAAUUUCUAAGCUCAGUUCAGAAAUAUCAAAGUGCUAGAAUCUAAAUAAUUUAACACUAUUCCUUAAACACAACUAGUUUAAGGAUAGAGCUUUUGUUAAUAUAAGUAAAGAGAUUUCUAGAUGGACUGUAUAAAAUUUAAAAGUCGAUUUCAGUAAAGGAUGUAUAACUGAUAAGCAAAUAGAAAUUUUAGGUAAAGGAAUUUCAAAAUCAUAUUGUUUAGAGCUAUUGAAUUUAGAUUUUAGUUAAAAUUAAAUAUCUGAAAGAGGAUCUACUUCAUUUAAACAGCUCAUAUCUCAAUGUAGAAAUCUGAAAAAUCUUCAAUUAGAUUUUACAGAAUAAAAGGAGUUUAGAAUUAGUUAUAAGGAUGAAUAUGUGUAAUAGUUUGUUUAUGAAGCCACUUGCUUGAAUCUGCAAUCAUAUACAUUUAUUUAAGAUGAAAUUCCUCUUCAAAAUGGAAAUGAAUCGCUUUUAGCUAAAGAAUUUUGGCAGUGCCAAUCACUUCUAUGUUUAAAAAUAUCAAUUUAAAAUGGAAAUAUUGGAAAAAGAGGGUUUUUUAAACUUUUAAAAGAAGUGUGUUUAUUUGAAAAUCUAUAAAUUCUAUACCUUUAAUUAAAACUUAACUAACUUGGAUCUGAAGAAUUGACUAAGUUAUCAAAACAAAUUGUUUAACUUCAAAAAUUGGAAUUAUUAACAUUAAUUCUUGGAAACAAUGAAGGAAUAGGUAGCUCUUUAAAAUAUCUCGGGUAGAGUCUAAAUCGUUUACCAAGUAUUAAAUAGCUAACAAUAGAGUUACAACAAAACCAACUGCAAGAUUAAGACAUUAAAGAUUUGAUAUUUUACAUAUCUAAAUGCUCAAAAUUAAAGUUUUUAAGCUUAGAUAUUAGUGGUAAUUCAAUAAGCUCAAUUACUUUGAGAGAACUUACUAAGCUAAUAACUUAAGGUUUAGAAUUAAAUUCAUUGAAGCUGAAUUUUACGAAUAGUUAAUUAUCUACGAUUGACUUGAAUUUCAUCAAUUAGAACUUCAGCCUAUUAAAAAGCCUUUAUUACUUAUAAUUCAAAUUUUCUAGCGAUAAAAAAGAGCCAAUCAAGCAAACCACUCUAAAUAGAAAAAAGUAUAAUAUCUUUAAGUCUUUAAGGCUUGUUGUUUUAAAAAAGUGAUUACAAAAAUCGUUUAAAAUCA